UCUCUACACCUGUUUCUUGUUUGAAGCGGCUCUCUGCGUACUCGCGCUCCAUUCAUCGUUCUACUGUUUUUACCGGAGUCCGCGCCUCGAGGUGUCCGUUUGAGGUGCUCUACGGGCCGGUAUGUCAGGCUCUACACCCCCGCCUCCCUCUGUGGAGGCUGCGGGCACUGAGGGAUGCUUUCCCCCCGAAUACAAACCCUUCAAACCCGAGGAGCAUGGCCUGGAGCGCGGGUUCCGGCUCACAGGCUUCUCGGACCUGAAGGGAUGAGGCUGUAAGGUCCCGCAGGAGGCUCUGCUCAAACUCCUGCAGGGACUGGAAGCGGACCGGGCCGACGGGACAGGGAAGGCCGGAGACCAAGCAUCGGAGUUCGGCCAACAGCUUCCCGCCCCCCGGCUCGGUGUUGGGAUGGACUGCUGUGUGAUCCCUCUGAGGCAUGGAGGACUCUCUCUGGUGCAGACCACCGACUUCUUCUACCCCCUGGUGGAAGACCCCUACAUGAUGGGCAGGAUAGCGUGUGCUAACGUCCUCAGCGACCUCUAUGCGAUGGGCAUCACAGAGUGCGACAACAUGCUGAUGCUGCUGAGUGUCAGCCAGAAGAUGAACGAGAAGGACCGUGAGCGUGUGAUGCCGUUGAUGAUUCGUGGGUUUCGGGAUGCGGCGGAGGAGGGCGGGACUUCAGUGACGGGCGGUCAGACGGUGAUCAACCCGUGGAUCAUCGUGGGAGGAGUGGCGUCGGUCGUCUGUCAGCCCAACGAGUUCAUCAUGCCGGACGGCGCCGUGCCGGGUGACGUACUGGUCCUGACUAAACCUCUGGGGACGCAGGUCGCCGUGAACGCUCACCAGUGGCUCGAUCAGCCUGAAAGGUGGAACAAGAUCAAGCUGGUCAUCACCAAAGAGGAAGUGAAAGAGGCCUAUCAGGAAGCCAUGUUCUCCAUGGCAACGCUAAACCGCACAGCGGCCGGCCUGAUGCACAAGUUCCAGGCGCACGCCGCCACAGACGUGACGGGUUUCGGGUUGUUGGGACACGCCAACAACCUGGCAGCACAGCAACGUAACGAGGUGGCCUUCGUUAUCCACAACCUGCCAAUCUUAGCCAAGAUGGCAGCCAUCAGCAAGGCCUGCGGGAACCUGUUCAACCUGGUUCAGGGAACGUCAGCAGAGACUUCAGGCGGUCUGCUGGUGUGUUUACCCAGAGAGCAGGCGGCAAAGUUCUGCUCGGAGAUGAAGAGUCAGAGCGGCAACGCCGGAGGUCAGGGGCCAGCGGGCGGAGCCUGGAUCAUCGGGAUUGUAGAGAAAGGCGACCGACGCGCUCGCAUCAUCGACAAGCCUCGCAUCAUCGAGGUUCCUCCACGGGGAAGUCAGGCGGCCAAUCAGGACAACAACAGCCCAGCUCCGAGCCCCAACCUGUCAUAGUGUGUGUGUGUGUGUGUGUGUGUGUGUGUGUGUGUGUGUGUGUGUGUGUGUGGAUCAGAACGACCUCUUUAUCGGCUGUGAAUGAACUUCGAUUAUGAUUAUUUAUCCAACAAGACAAAUUUCAACAAUUUAUGAAUUAAAUUGAAAUUCAGGGUUUUGUGUUACUAACCGACCUCCUCCCUUUUUUUAUUUAGACCUGCCCUCCGUUUGAAUCCAAACAAACACAUGACUUUAAUUUAUUCAAAUGUGAAAAGGUUAUUCCAACUUCUCCAAACAAACAUUCCAGAAGCUUCUUAAAAAGAAGACUUGGAGUUUACGGGUGUGUGUGCGUGUGCGUGCGUGCGUGUGUGUGUUUGUGCGUGUGUGUGUGUGUUUUAUCAUUGACGGGGUGCUGUGUGUCAGAGGUGGACGAUGUCAACAUCUCAUGUUGGUGAAUGUACCUGAUGAAAAGAAUCAAUCGGUCUUGGCUCCGCCCUCAGAGUCCAGAGGAAGGCUUGAGCAGCUUCUUCUGGUCCUGCUGGGCGGAGUUCAGACCCUCCAUCUUGCGGCUGAUUGGCUGUCCAGCACAAAGUCCCUCCCCCCCUUUUCCUGUGUAUGAAGCUCCACCUUUUAAACCCCAGCCAGUGGGGGCGGGUGGAGCAGAUGUUUGCCUUUGGAUCGGGGUUGGACUCAGACUGCUGGAGGGCUGCAGCCGUCUCUGUUUGUAGAUUUCUGCUUUUCACAAUCAAUAAAACCAUCAUCGACUCCGA